GUUAUAAAUUAGUUUACAAUAACCUCAUUUAAAUUCUGAGAUGGAUUUAACGAAUGAUGAAUUGGAAGAUUGUGUUGAAAAAUUCAGAAAUGUAUUUUUGAAAAAUGAAAUCAACAGGAGGAAUGAAAAUGAUUUGCUGUUAUUGUUGGAAAACCUUUCCGAGGAAUUGAAUAUCUGCAGGGAAAAUGAAAACAAGUUGAGGAAUAAGAUAAAAUGUUUAUUAGAAAGUAAAAGCUCCGAAUUGACCAAAAAGUACGUCUUACUCGAAGAAAAGUGUCGUAAACUUGAGGUAGAAAACAAGGAAUUGAAAACUCAAUAUGAAGAUUUGGAUAUACAAAUGAAAAACAAAUUAGAAUUACAGAAAAACGAAUUUCUUGAGAAGCUUAAGGAAAAUCUAGAACGUUCUAAAUCAGAAACGACUAAUUUAAAAAAUCAAAUAGAAAGUGACAAAAUAUGUUACGAAUCCAAAGAAAAAGAAUUGAACAAUGAACUUCAAGCCGUUCAGGCAGCCAAUGCUAUACAACUUGAUGAACUGGAAUCAAACUUAAAACGUCAAAUUGUCGAUGCUAACAGCAAGCUUCGGCAAGCUCAAAACACAAUAAGGGCACUUCAACUGGAGCUGAAUAACCUGAGAAAUCAACAACAUAGAUACACCGGCCAGAAAAACAAUGUUUUACAUUUUGAAUCUACUCCCAUACAAGUUCUAAAGAAUACUUCAGGAAGACAAUCGAACAAUCAUGAGUGCCUGGAGGAUGAAAAUGAGGAAAAUGAUACUGAUAAAUAUUUAAAGGGGCGGCAUAGUGUACGAGUAUGGCCACAAGGCCCCGUAUCGAAAAAUCAGUUGGUUGUAAAUAGCCCACAAAGUACAAUGACGGGAGAUUCUUCAGGAGCAAAAACUGUACAAGAAUGGAAUCAACACGACCGAAACGACUCGAAUGAUAUUUCAAAAUUGCCACUACGUAGCUCAGUGACACCAAAGUUAUGGCAAAAUGACAUAACAAAAAAUUCUAAUUGCUCUGAGAGUUUCUCUCACAUUCAACCAACUCAGUUUUGCAACAAAACUGUGCAAGUUAUGAAGCCCAAAAAUCAACUUCGAAAACAACUAGAAACUAUUGAAAAAUAUUCUCCCCUUCCAUUAUAUGUUGCAUCUAGUUAUGAAGAAUUCGAACCGUGUGAUGUAAAUCCAAGAAAUAAAUCCAGUUACGCACCCGCAUUACAUAAGACUACGUCCAGUGCUCCUCGAACAAAAAAUCUUCCUCCACUUAUGCUUUGUAGUGACGCCAAUAAAGGUAAAAGAAAACCACAAAGAAAGAGAAAGUUAUAUAACCCAGAUGAUUAUUCGUGUCCAGAAGAGGGCGACCUCAGCAAUGAAAUGGGAAAUUGAUUACUUUAAAAAAUACAUAUUGAUCCUGGAAAUUAUUUUACGUUUCGUUACGUCUUUUCAGUUAGAUGAUCAAAUAUCAAAUUAUGUGCGUUUUAUCCAUGAGGGAUCUAAAUUUAUUAAAUUUUUUCGAACUGAAAUAUACUGUGUUUGUCAUUCCCAUGUUUCAUAAGUUUCCUCCGUUUUUAUAAGUCUAUAUUAAACUGUAAUAUCUCUACUAACUACCAAUGUCAAAGCUUCAACUAAUAUAAUAAUACCUAA